UGUGAACAUUUUUAAAGUGAGUAAAGUGUUCAUUUCUUUCAUAACUUGUACAAACAGAAACAUCGGGGGCUUCCAGUUGCUGGUUCCUUCAAUGGCUUCUUGAGACAGGUUGUAUAAAACAGAGCCAUUUCCUGGUGGUGGUGUGAGCCAACUUCAAUACAGUCUGCUACAUGAAAAAUAAUAACUUUGGUCUUUGAUAAAUUGCUGUUUUCUAACCUAACUGUUUUGUGAAAUUUCUUUACACAUGUGGGGCAAUCCAAAUAAAUAAAAUAACCAAAAGAAAAAAACGGUCUUGUAUUAAUAACAAUAGAUAUUGCACUUAUACACUGUUUAGUUUCUAACUCUCAAUUUUUUUCCUACAUGUGGUCAAGACAGAUGGCCCCUCACACUGAGCCUGGUUCUGCUGGAGGUUUCUUCCUGUUAAAGGGGAGUUUUCUUUAGUGUUGUCGCUACUCAGCAGAAGGGAAAAGGCUCAAUUUGAGGGAUUGCUGCAAAGUCAACGACACAAUGCAAGCAACUGUCCACUGUCGCUCAGCAUGAGGGAUUACUCCACUAAAUGUGGGGAACUACAAACGUGCUGUCAAGAGAUUUGAUGAUGGCCAUCGGCUCUGCAAUGAUCUUAUGGGCUGCCUGCAGGAACGUGCCAAGAUAGAAAAAUCUUAUGGUGAUCAGCUAACUGCCUGGUCUAAGAGAUGGAGACAACUCAUUGAAAAAGGUCCACAGUAUGGGUCAGUGGAGAGAGCCUGGCUUGCGGUUAUGACAGAGGCAGAAAGAGUGAGUGAGCUGCACCAAGAUGUGAAAAACAACCUGAUGAAUGAAGAUGUUGAGAAAGUCAAGAACUGGCAGAAGGAGGCAUACCACAAACAGAUGAUUGGAGGCUUCAAGGAGGCCAAGGAAGCGGAGGAAGGCUUCAAAAAGGCUCAGAAACCAUGGGCCAAAAAGCUCAAAGAGAUGGAGGCAGCUAAGAAAACAUACCAUAUGGCCUGCAAGGAGGAGAAACUGGCUGCGGCCCGAGAGGCCAAUGGCAAGACUGAGGCUUCUGUCACACCAGACCAGCAGAAGAAACUUCAUGAGAAAGUGGACAAAUGCAAACAGGACAUGCAAAAAGCUAAAGAAAAGUAUGAGAAGUCUUUGGAUGAGCUAAACAAAUGCACUCCUCAAUACAUGGAGUGCAUGGAGCAGGUGUUUGACCAGUGUCAGCAACAUGAAGUCAAGAGGCUAACCUUCCUCAAGGAAGCCUUGUUGGACAUAAAACGGCAUCUUAACCUCACUGAGAACCCAAGCUAUGUCACAAUAUACAGAGAACUGGAACGCACAAUUCAGGCCAUAAGCACACAAGAAGACCUGAGGUGGUUCAGCAAUAAUCAUGGCCCAGAGAUGCCCAUGAACUGGCCAGCAUUCGAGGAGUACAACCCAGACCAGGCAGCUGCUCCCCCAAAGAAGAAGAAACCAGAUGGAGCCCCACCCACUCCAAGCACUGAUCAUGUGGCUCCCCCUGGUGACCGUAGCAGCGUGAGCAGCUACGAGAAGAACCAAGCUUAUUCGGCUGAGUGGUCCGAUGACGAGCAGCCCACUGCGUUCUCCGGCAACGAGAACGGUGGGAACAGGAAUUCAUUUGAAGACGAUUCCAGCACUGGGAAAGGCGUCCGUGUGCGCGCCCUCUAUGACUAUGAUGGCCAGGAGCAGGAUGAACUCACCUUUAAAGCAGGUGAGGAAUUUACCAAGACAGAGGAUGAAGAUGAGCAAGGCUGGUGUAGAGGUCGUUUGGACGACGGCCAGGAGGGACUGUACCCAGCCAAUUAUGUGGAGCCAAUCUAGUCACAUGACCGGACAGAGACAUGCCGCUGGAGGCAGCUUGAACCUUCCCGUCCAACUGCACCCUACAUAGCCAGAGACUUAAGAGCAACACAUCCUUUGCCCAACAGAUGCGCCAAGCUGUCUUGCUUAACAAAAACUUAGUAACCUAAAAAGACACUAUAUCAGUAUAGUAUAUUUUAUCCAGCAUUUGGGGUGGGUGAAGUUACACAUUCAAAAAACAGCAGUUGUACUAUUGUAUACACAUUCAACUAAAACAUGAUGACAGUGCAGGAACACAUUGCUUCUCUGUGUCGCUGUGUUUAAUAAACAAUGCAGUUUAAUAUUAACUCACAGUGUAUUGCAGUGGGAUCUCCUGAAGGGAAGAUAGUAUAAUCAGUUUUACUCAUUUAACAAAGAUGAGCUUCUCUAACCUGCAUUGUGUAUAUACAGUGUGAUGCCAUUUUGUGUAGCAUUUUUAAUGCUGUGUAUGUCAUUCUUACAAUGGGAAUGCUGUGUAGUGUUAACAGUACCACAGACAGUAUCCUUUUUGUUUUCAUUUUUAUGUUUCUUUGGAAUUCGGUCCAGCCUCUGUUCCAGUGUGUGCAGUGCUAUGUGUUUUGAACUGUUUCUGAACUUGCAUAGCAGCAUGUGCUAUGCAAAGAGUUACAUUCCCCAAGUCCCUGCAGCCUUGUUACGGCUACAGCCUGAUGCAACACUUCAACUACAAAUGCAGCAUUACAUGCUUCUGGACAUGCAUGUGCUCCUGGUUUCACAAGAGAAGGCUCCUCGAUGAACUGACCUCACAUUUGCUUUGUUUUCAACCUUUUUUUUGUCCUGUAAAUCCUUUGACUUUAUCAUUCUCAUUCAAAUCCAUGGAAAGGAUUUACAUUUUUUGCAGAAGCUUUCAUUCUUGCUUCUGCAAAUCAGGGUUCACUUUAGUCAAACUGUGCUAACGAGGCACACACGCAUUAAGAGCGAAGUUUGAUCAAGUCAACUUGAGCUUGAGACUGCAUUAUGGGACAGAUGUCUUGAACAACACAUGUGCCUGGGACUCUUUUCCAGAGCAAAGGGCGUAUGGAUGCAUGUCAAUGGAUAAUUGUGCAACAGAUGUUUGUCUAAGGAUUGACCCCUCUCCAACAGGACAUGAAUGUAUUAGUGAUUGGGCUUUAAAGAGGGUAAGAUAUCUAAAUAUUUUCAUUGGCCCAAAGAAAGAGUUAUGCGGCACUUCCCCAGCUGAGCCAAAGAAUGACCCAUCACCUCUCACUCCAUACACUAGUUACACAUAUCUCGUGAAAUAGAUUCACUGAAUUUGUUUUGGUUUCCUAGCCCAACCAAACUCCUUUUUGUCUGCAAAACCUGCUCAUUAACGUAGAGAAUACACAUUACCAGUAGCAAUGCAUGAUGACUCUUCACCCAGUGCAGUCCAUGGUUAUUUUUAAUCUUUAUUCUACUGUCUAGGAAUUACAGUACCUAGUUAAAGUAUUCAUACCCCUUGAACCUUUUUCAUGUAACAACCAGACACUUUAACAUAUUUUAUUUGGAUUUUGUGCAAUAAAACCAACAGAAAUAGUGCAGAAAUAGAAAAAAGCCAAGUUUGGACAUGUUUUGGUAAAUAAAAAAUUGCUAUAUGCAAGGUGUUGUAUGCACAUGUAUUCAGCCCCCAGAGACAAUAUUUAAUGAACCCAUUUUCUCAGGAAAUACAGGUACAAGGUUUUGGGGGCAGUGCUCUUCCAGCUGUGCAUAUUUUGCGACAUCUACAAUUAUUGUUUUAAUCUUCUUUGCAAAAUUGCUAAAAAUUGUAAUAUUUAAAACUUAUUGCCAUAGAUUCUCAAAUGAUUUUAGGUCUGCAUUUUUGACUCUGCCAUUCUAACACUUGACUAUGCUCUGAUCUGAACCAUUCCAUUGUAGCUGUGGCUGUAUAUAUAGUGUUGUCCUCCUGUAGGAUGAGCCGCCACACUAGUUUUAAGUCUUCUUCAGGCUCUAAGAGGUUUCCUUCCAGUUUUUCCUUGUAUUUAUCUCAGUUCAUUAUUUUAUCAACACUGACCUGCUUCCCUGCUCCUGCGGAAGAAAAGCCCCAUGAUGCUGCUACUAUUGUUUUUCACCAUGGUGAUGGUGUGUUUGUUUCCACCAUAGGUUUUUGCGUGUGGAUCCAGUAGUUCAGUUUUGGUCUGACCAAAGCAAGGACUACAUACAAAUGUAUGUCAGAUUCUUCUGAUUUUUAUCAGUAAAAUACAUUGGAGUUUGUGGUUGAAACGUGAAAAAUGUGACCAACAUUCAAGGUGUAUGAAUACUUAUGCACUUAUAAUUAAUUUUAUUACUAAUGUUAAAUUACAUUUAUCAAAUGCUGAUUAGUGGGUUGUGUAGUUACAAGUUGCACCUACAACUAAGUUUAGAUUAAAUGUUUAUUGAGACAUAGUCAUAAAAUCCACUGGACCAACAGUGAUAGGAGGCAUUUAGCUCUGGAUUUGGAAAAGUCUCCCACACAACGACAAAACACAUCACCAGCUCACACGAUGCGUCUUGUAGUGCAGCGUGUCCAGCAGGGUACAAAUGGCUCCUGUUGUCAAACUCUCCCACUUUUUAAUGCACACACACACACACAAUACACAAACAUGCAAAGACACAGGCGGUAGUCUUAGAAUACACACGAUAUCUGCAAGUUCAGACUCUUUAUCUAUAAUUCCAGGUGAAUUCUUUGGGGUAAAACAUCUGUAUCAUCCAGUGUGUAUGAGUAGUGUAAAUGUUAUACAAAGUUGUAACCAAACAAGCAAAAAAAAUGGAAAAAAAAAUGCAAGUGAUUGACUAUUAAGACAAAAUGUAGUGUUAUACAUGUAAAUGUGUUUCAUUAAAUGACAGCAAUGGAUAACGUAUUAAGUAAUAGGUACCAUAUCAUAUGACUUUUAUUGCAAUGAAACUGUCAGUGUAUUAUAAAAGCGUGAUGUUAUCCCACGCUGUCAGAUUUGUACAUGAUGAUGUAAUUUAAAGAUUAUAUUAUAUUGUAACUGUACAACUGUGUUGAGUUGAAAAUGAGACCUAACUAUGUUGAGACAGUAAAAAAGGUGUACAUGUAAAUGCUUUUUUUUAUGUUGACCUUUUUUCCUUAUGCAUAGAGGGGGCUGCAGCUCACAAUGUGAAAAACCCCAUAUUAGCGGUCUAGAAGAUGUAUGUUCAUAGUUAGUAAUGUACUUUUAUCUCCUAACUGGUGUAGUGCCUGUUCAUCUUGAUGUAACAAGAAGUUCAUUUAAAUAUGCAUAAAGGUGAUUAUGAUCACAGAUAAUAAUGACUAUAGUGAUAAAAAGAAAAAAUACAAUCAAAUUUGCUGUGAUGGUA